AUGUCUGGAUUAGAAGGACUUGGUCUUGAUGAAUGGCUUGUAAAACAGUGUCAGGCGAUGGGCAUAACAAAACCUUCACCAAUUCAAACAAAUUGUAUCACACCUAUUUUGGAAGGGCUAAAUUGUGUUGGAUGUGCAAAAACUGGUAGUGGUAAGACAGCAGCGUUUGCUUUACCCAUUCUACAGAAACUUUCAGAGGAUAGAUAUGGACCUUAUGCUCUUGUAUUAACACCAACUCGUGAACUAGCUUUUCAAAUAGCUGACCAGUUUAAAGUACUGGGAAAAGAAAUCAAUGUAAAUGUCAUAGUCAUCACAGGAGGUAUGGAUAUGGUCCGCCAGGGACAAGAUCUAACUCAUAAGCCUCAUAUUGUAGUGUCAACACCAGGACGUCUUGCAGAUCAUUAUGAAAGUUGUGAUAUGUUUAGCUUAAAAAAGAUAAAAUUUUUAGUUCUUGAUGAGGCAGAUAGACUAUUAGAAGAUGAAGGUUUUGCUGAACAACUUCAGAUCAUUUUUAAAAAUCUACCAGAGAAAAGACAAACACUUUUGUUCAGUGCUACAAUGACACCAGCUAUUAGACAACUACAAGAGGCUUCAAAAGAAAAAGUAUUUUCUUGGUCACAGUCUUCUGACAUGAUGACUGUUGAUGAAUUAGAUCAACGUUAUGUUCUUAUGAAUGCUGAUGUUAAAGAUGCCUAUUUAAUGCAUAUUCUUGACAAGUACACUACAGAAAGGCCAAAAAGCUCAAUUAUCAUAUUUACAAGCACAUGUAAAUAUGCCCAGAUUUUAGCAUUAAUGUGUGAUGAUUUAAACUUUCCUUGCGUUUCGCUACAUUCUAUGAUGCCUCAAAAAUUUCGUCUUUCUGGUCUAACAAAAUUUAAAUCUGAUCAGAUAAAGAUUUUAAUUGCCACUGAUGUGGCAAGUAGAGGAUUGGAUAUCCCAACUGUUGAUCUUAUAAUCAAUCACAAUGUUCCGAACCGGCCAAGAGAUUAUGUCCAUCGAGUUGGCAGAACAGCCAGAGCUGGCAGAGGUGGAAUGGCCAUUACACUAGUGACACAGUUUGACGUGCACUUAACUAAAUCUAUUGAGGCAUACAUAAACACUAAACUUACAGAGUAUGCCACAGAUGAAAAAGAGGUUUUAAAACUUCUAACAGAGGUUGCUGUCUCUCGAAGACAAGCUGAAAUUCGUUUAGAUGAAAGAGACUUUGGAGAAAAGAGACAGAUAAACAAAAGAAAGAAACUUCUUUUGGAUGGUAAAGAUCCAGACAAAGAAGAAGAAGAGAAAAUGGCAAAGAAAAAAAUGUUGAAAAAAGACUCUGAUGCACGGAACCAAAAGAAAGUAGAAAAAGAAGAAAGAAAAGAAAAGUUUAAGAAUAAAUUCAAAAAGAAAGUAAAGUAGAAGUAAAAGAAAAAUGUUCUAAAUGUACCGGUAUAUUCAUAAUUAAAUGUCAUUAAAGUUGCAUGUUUUAAUGAACAUAUAGUGAUGGUAAGAAACAAUAAUGAUCUUACAUAAAAAUUGUUUUGAAAUUAUUUCUUUUGAAAUGUUAUAAAAAAAAGUAUUAGUUACAUAAAAAAAAUAAUGCAAUGAUGUCACAUUAUUUAAAAGGAAUAUAAACUUAAAUCACAUAUGUCGGUGCUUAAUAUCUGCGAUUUGAAACAUGAGAAGUAAAUUUAUUUAUUUUUUAAAAGUUUUGUUGGUAGACUCAGAUACAGUUAUAGAUAUAGAUAUCAUUACUUUUAUUUAUUUUAAUACUAACUAUCAGCAUAAUGGAAGCUUAUUAUACAUGUAUUUUGAUAACUUAUAAACAUAACAUUUGUUAGCAUUAAAAUGUUCAGAAUAAUCAAACAUAAUACACACAGUUUUAGUUUUCUAAAUGUGAGGGGGGGGGGAAGUCUUUAAAUGUUUUUAUUUAAAGUUUCACUUGUAAGUGUUAUUACAGCACCAGCAUUAAAAGUAACAUAACUUUGUAAUAUGGUCUGCUAACAAAAGUGAUAAUGUUUAUCUAUUAUGUUUGUUUUAUCAAGUGCUGGGUACCCAUAUUAAAAAUAAUUUCUGCAGAAUAAUAAACAAAACAUUGAAAAGUUCAAGUGCUCAAAUAUUUGUUUCAUAUGUGUUUUGUGUUUACUUAAUUUUUACACCAUGUCAGUUCUUAAACCAAUUACAGUUAUAACUGAAUUUAUAUUUCAUAGUACCGGUAUAUCAUAAUCUUGAAAUACCGGUAUUAAUUAAUUAAUCUCUCGUAUGUUGUUGUUUUUUUUUUAAUUUAUCCUACUACCUUACUAUACGUUUUUUCUAGUUGGACAGGGAUUUAUGUAUCUAUUGUCAAAGUGACAUUGAAUGAAACAAUAGUUCAGAGCAUAUAAAAAAAAUUAUUUAUAAUUAGACUGUCUCUGACUUUGAAAUCUAAUAGGGUACAUAGCAUUACUCAAAGCCCUUCUUUGCAUUGUAAUAUUAUUAGAUUUAUAGUUCAAUUAUAAAUAUUAUUAACUGGAUAGCCUACUCUGCAUGUACUGGUAAGCAUUAAAAUUUCUUAAUAGAGAAAGACACAUAAACUUAGUUCACUUUAUGUGUUCAAUACCAAUAGAUAAUGCAAUAGUAAUAUGUUACAUGGCUUCAAGACAAUAUGUAACUGAGAAGAUGCAAUUAUUUCUAAGGGUCUUGGAAGCCUCUCUGAAAGAAUUUUUUUCCACCUACAGCAUCAUGCUACAGUUAAAGCUGUUCAACUUCUUAGCCUUUGAUUCAUUGUGCCAGUUUUCAGUUGUCUGUAAGAAGUACUGGUAAGGUGGUAUUUUUUUUAAAUGCCAUGGAUAAUUUGCAUUUUUCUUAAAGCAUUAGUGGGGGGUUUUUUUGGCACAUGCACUCAUGUUACAGCUUUAUCAUAUCUUUCACUCCCAACUUCUGACAUUUUGGAAGCAUCUUUUACUUCAUAAUCCUACUUUUUAGCAAAUGGUUGGCAUCUGUGUUUCAAAAGUUAAAUCAUAAUGAUUAGUUUUUUUUUCUGUGAAUAAAGUCUUGUAGCUCACCAGUA